GCAUCAACAGACCCAUAACGUCAAGUCCAAAAGGACAGAAGAGUAAAAGCACCGCCGAUGGCACGACAAGAUCAGACGGACGUCGACCUGUUCCCACGUCUUCAACACUACCGAACUACUCCGGAAUCGACCACUAUGAUCUCGGGAUACCAAAGUCCUUGAUGUCACUCUUAGUAGAAGUAUUUUUUGAGGACGCAUACAAUGCUACUCUCUUGUUGCAUAAAAGACUAUUUCUCGAGUCGCUCGAACAAGGAAGGACCUCCCCCCAUGUCGUCUUGAGUGUCUGUGCCUGGGCCGCAAAGUAAGUGCAACCAAUCUGGAUCAUGCAUUGAGGUCAAUUCAAUGGUUUUCAGUUCUUACAGAGACCAACAUGGCGAAGCAACCUUGAAAGACCACGGCUUCAUGGUUGAAUGGGCUAGAAAGGCUGGAAGACUCGUCUUUCAACAACCUGAGGACCUUCACGAGGAGAAGAUCGUAACGUUGGUUAUUCUGGGUCUGUUCUGGUACAGUCAAGGCUCCUGGAGGGUCAGUCAAUUCUACAAGGGAGUUGCAUGUCAACUGUUACAGGUCAUCGGACUCUCACGUGGGGACAACGCGUUCGAAGCUGAGAUACGACGUCGGCGCUUGUGGGCCUGCUAUCUCAUGCAAUGUCAGUCCGCCGAUAACCUGUCGUUCUUCGAGCCAAUCGCCGAUUUGGCAAAUUUGAACUUGCCAUGGUCCGAAGAGGACUUUGAAGCCGGCGUUUCUCGAUGUCCUCCUGACUGUCUCAAUCCAGCCCGGAGCAAUGGGACCAUCGGCCGAAGUCUCUAUGCUGAAGUUAUUAAAGCGUUGACACUGUGGUGCUCGGUACAUUCCCUUACCAAGUGUCGGGACAUGGAGGCCAGCGAGAGAGUCGCAGGCAUCCAUCAGCUAGAUGAGAAGAUAUCGAAAUGGUGGCAACAAGUGACGCCCGAUUUCAAACUAACAACAUCCAAGGUUGCGGAAAUGGCAAACCAAACGCACUUCUUCACCAGGGUCUUGCUACUCAACGCCGUAUACUACCAAUCCCUCGGUGCAUUACAUGCAUCCAUCGUGCCUCUAUUCUCUUGGAGUCAGGCUGACAGUGGUUGGCUGGUUGCUCGGCAGUGUUCGGCUCAAGUGGCUUUCGAACAGGCAUGCUCAUUCUCAGAACUGAUCAAAGCAGUGAUCUCGAACAACACUCGACCCAGUGCAAUAUCGACCUUCGUUGCAUACGCAGCAUACUUCGGAUGUGCAAUUCAGAUGCCGUUCAUGUGGUGCUCCAAUUCAAUGGUGCAGAGCCGCAUCCAUGCCAAUGUCAAGGCCAACAUUGAAAUGAUCAAGACGGUGGCUGUGUAUUGGAAAUUUGCCGCUCUGCUUCAAAUCCACGUAAGUUGCUUAUACGAAAUUCACCGAAGGCAUCCGACUGUACUGGAGGAUGAGCCUAGGAACAUUGAGAUCAGGAAAUUGGUUGAUUUCAAAGUCAAUGCCUCUUAUGCUCACGCAUCAAUCCUUGGAUUCAUCGACAUUCUGCGGCCUACAGGAAGCGGGUUUGUGGACUCAGGAGACGAGAUUCAAGAUCUUGGGACUCAACCACUGGCACAGGAGGGCCAGUCGCAAAUGAGGCGGCCUGUUUCGGAUGAGGGCAUAGACCGCCUGCAGACUGACCUAAGUCGACAGCAACCGCAAGAAAACAGCCCUGCUGCUGUGUAUCCGGAUGUUAUUCAAAGACGCGGCUACAUGCAAGAACCGAAUCGAGAUAUCAACCACACCUCACAGCAGGUCAAUAUUGACGAACGGCAACAUCAACGACAGGAACAGCUGUGGCAUCAGCACAGCCAAACAGAUCCAGGAUUGGCACAUUCGAUACAAGCACCAAACCAAGAUAUCACACAAGGGCUGACACUUAAUCCAUACUAUCCAUUCUUUGACCAAACAAUGCUCGACCUGUUUCCCAACGGCGAGAUCCCUGAUCUCUCACAACUUGACGCAGAUCUGGGCAGCCUAGAUUUUUUCGAGCUCGAGGGCUGGAACACUGGCUCAAUUGAUCCAGGUGAAGAAUAGCAAGUAGAUUGGUAGGGAGCAUCAUCAUCUCGGAUCGGAACCCAGUUUCUUGAAGUGGUCAAAGAAAUUGUGUUCGAGAUCUUCGCUCCAUCACGAGAGUCUUCGCAUGACAUUUGCUUGAUUUGGAAUCAACUUCUCGCGGAGAAGCUC